AAGCGCCUUAAAAAAAUUUUUAACGGAGGAUUAAGCCCUGGACGUUGAUUUUGCUGGCAUCGGCCAAUAAGCUGUCUUGCCUGCUAUUCUUACAGUCACAGCCAAUUUUCAUCACUUAAAACACGUGAAGCCUUGUCUAGGUUACACCACCUGCUCUUAUUAGCCCACACAUUUCACUCACACAAACACAUACACAUACACCCCUUAAAACGACAAGAUUAAAUUUAUAUUUUUGUCACACCCUUCAUGCACUGGAUUUUAUUUAUCCGCGCUCCCACUUAUACAUGAACAUGACAGGUUCUAUUUUAGAAAAUAAAAUAGAUGUAUAAAAAUAUAAAACACACUAGCAACAUGUCGCCGCCUUAUUUACAGGGACGAAUGAAACAAAAACGUCAAAACUUUUUUUACAAGCUUUCUUUCGCUUUCCCUUUUUCCAUUCUCUCUCUAUAAAAAAUCAUGUCCAAUGCAUCGCCUUAUGGUCAGAAUGCACCUCACCAAAGACGGCCUCAAAAUGAUCCCCCCUUUACUCCUCGCCACGGCCAUACCGUGAACUUUGAUAAUAGCAAUCUACCCAAUAACCCCAAUCCCUAUCAUAGAGGCACUACCAAUAUCAAUCGUUCCAAGUCAUUGACUAGACCUGAACGUCAAAGACCUCGUACCGGCAUGAUCAAUCGAAACCCAUCACAACCUCAACAUACGAGAAUUACUCCAUCACCUGCGCCUUCAUCCUCUUCGACAACAAACCCAAUGAAUAACCAACCAAUGUCAACCAAUUUACAACAACAACUUCGGCAACAAAAGCAACAAUAUCAACAACAACAACACUAUGCUCGACAAGAAGAGCCAAUACAAGAGAAAGAAAAAGAACCUAAAGUCUUGACAAAUUGGUGGGCAUGGAUUGCCUAUCUCUGUACCUGUUGCUUUCCUAGUUACAUCAUUCGAGUUUGGUUUGGUAAAUCCAAUAAAAAUAUGCAACAAGCUUGGCGAGAAAAGCUGACCUUGUGUUACUUGGUUGCCACCAUGUGUGGUCUUUUGGCUUACAUCAUUUACGGUCUCAACAUUGACCUUUGCCCACAAGACAGAAUAAGUUACCCAUAUGCUGCUGACAUCAAUGGAGAAAGAGUGCCUGUUCAACGAGAAGAAGUUUCCGUCUUUGGCCAAAUCUAUCCGUUUAAUAUCACGCAAUCUUUUUUCGCCAGCCAAAACCUUGAAUUAUCAGACACUUUUCAGGGCAUGGAAAUCGGUGCCAUGUUUGACGGUGAUACAAACAAUGCCUGCGCUGCGUAUGAUUCUGUACCUUCUUGCUCAAUUACAAGUCCUACAGGUGUAACCUUAUCGGGAGACAGUUGCUUGCCACUUUCUGCUUUACAUGAUUAUAGUUCAAGUAUCGGUUUUGUGAGUUAUGAUUGGAAAGAUUUACGUGCAGAUAACAUGUCCUCUUCUGAUAUUGGUUUAAUUGUGGACACCAUUGUGAAUUUGACCUCGUAUUUCGAUACAGACUCUGCUAUUUUUGGUGCCGAGGUUGAUAACGCACUCCGUUCCACGCGCGGGAACGAUAUGACCUAUGCUCUUUUAUAUACCGCUGCCGGUAAAAAUGCAAGACCAUGUAUUGUAGCUCGCUAUGGUGUCGGCAUUGCUUCACAGGAGGUGGGGAGUUGUAUUGCAGAUCAAUUGAUCAUGACCGUCAUGUUUGCUGUCAUUCUCAUUAUUAUUAUCAUUCGUUAUUCCAUGGCCGUCUUAUUUCAAUGGUUUAUUUCGAGAAGACUGACCACUCCAGGCGGAAGAUCAAAUUGGUUGGCUUGGCGGUCUAUUAAAGGUGGUAACGAUGAUCCUGCCAACCAUGUGCCAGGCCCUUACAAUAAUUAUGGCCCAAUGGCUCAAGGCUCUAUUCAAACCCUAGCCUCGAAUAACAAUCGCAGUGUCCAAAGUUCUGACCCAUCGGCAGGUCUUCGUGGGCAUCAAACGGAUGUAGUGGAUACAGAACUAUAUACCGUCAUGUUAGUUACUUGUUAUUCAGAAGGAGAGGAAGGAUUAAAAAUUACCAUGGACAGUUUAUCCAACACAACCUAUUCCAACAAACACAAGAUUUUCUUCGUCAUUGCCGAUGGCUUAAUUACAGGUGCAGGUGAAAGCAUGUCGACACCCGAUAUUGUGGUGAGUAUUAUGGACUUGACCCCAGCAAUGGCCAACCCUAAACCGGUAUCUUACUUGGCAGUGGCGGAUGGUGAAAAGCAAUUGAAUAUGGCCAAGGUUUAUGCAGGUCAUUAUAAUGGCACAGCGUGUGUGACCAUUGUCAAAUGUGGUACGGAAGAAGAACAAAAGGGGGCUAAAGCAGGUAAUCGCGGUAAACGUGAUUCGCAAGUCAUUCUCAUGUCAUUCUUUCAACGUGUCUUGUUCAAUGAUCGUUUCUGUGAAUUGGAUUAUGAAAUCUUUUGGAAAAUGACUUGGUUAAUGGAAGGUGUAACGCCCGAUAAAUUCGAAACGGUCUUGAUGGUGGAUGCAGAUACACAAGUGUUGCCUGAUGCAUUAACGUAUAUGGUCGCUGCGAUGGCCAAUGAUAUCACAAUCAUGGGUUUAUGUGGUGAAACUCGGAUUGCCAACAAACGUACUUCUUGGGUGACUGCCAUUCAAGUGUUUGAAUACUAUAUCUCACAUCAUUAUGCAAAAGCCUUCGAAUCUCUGUUUGGUAUGGUAACAUGUUUGCCAGGUUGCUUCAGUAUGUACCGUAUUAAAUCACCCAAGAAUGGAGCUUGGGUUCCCGUUUUAGCGAACCCUGAUAUCAUUCUGGAAUACAAUCAAAAUGUGGUAACCACACUACACGAAAAGAACUUGUUAUUGCUUGGUGAGGAUCGUUUCUUAUCCACUUUAAUGCUUCGUACCUUCCCUAAUCGACAAAUGAUGUUUGUGCCUCAAGCACGGUGUCGUACGGUGGUACCCGAUGAAUUCAGUGUGCUUUUAUCGCAACGUCGUCGAUGGAUUAACUCAACUGUACAUAAUCUCAUGGAAUUAGUGCUGGUUUCUGAUCUCUGUGGUAUCGCGUGUUUAUCCAUGCAAUUCUCUGUAUUUAUUGAUUUAAUCGGUACAUUAGUUCUUCCAGCUGCUAUUGUCAUGUCCGUGUAUUUAAUUGUGAAUACAGCUAUUACGCCUGAUCCUCAGUGGCAGUCUAUUGGCUUACUACUGGCGAUUUUAGUUCUACCUGCGGUGUUAAUUGCGCUAACAACGUUUAAGUUUAUCUAUGUUUUAUGGAUGAUUAUUUAUAUCUGUGCUUUACCUGUUUGGAAUAUGGUGCUGCCAUUGUAUUCGUUCUGGCAUUUUGAUGAUUUCUCAUGGGGAGCUACUCGAGUGGUUGUGGGCGAAAAGAAGGGAGAAAGUCAUGGUGAUAAAGAAGGUAAAUUUGAUUCGAAACGACUGGUGAUGAAGAAAUGGGAAGAUUGGGAACACGAGCGUACAGGCGGAGGUCAACGUCAAGCACGUAAAUUUCAUUUGAAAUCACCUCAACCUUUGGCUGCAUUUGAUGGUAAAAAGUCCAGUCGCUUUCCAUUUUAAAUUUAAUAAAUUCCGCACAUUUUUGACGUGACUGGAACUUGAACUGAUUGGUUCGUUUUGGUGUUACUCGUCACUUUACUAUUUUAGCUGAAUUUUUCCCACAAUCAUUU